AUGCCACCACAACUACGUGAUACGUCACCAGCAGAUAUGCCAAAUCUUCCAUUAGAUUUUAAUUUAACCCUUUCAGGACCGUGCUGUUCUUCGACAAGAAGUUUAAUUACUUCUAUAUUUCAAUUAUCAAUUGUUGUUGUCAUUGAAACGUCACAAAUGGAACAUUUUGAAAACGAUGAAUCGGACGAUGAUUCACAUGAUUCAUCUACCAGUCAAAACAGCGAUGAAAGUGAUUUCAAUUUUGAUUCUGAUGAAUUAGCAGAUGGUCUGGAUGAACUUGAAAUAUUAAGUGAAUAUUCGACUGAAAAUGAAAUGGAUGUUGAUUCUAUAAGUCAAAGUCAUCUGGGGUUAACAACUUCUGAUACAACAACAAUUAAUACAAGAUCUAAUGUACCAGUAAAUGCUCUACUACAACGACCAAAUUUUGCAACACAAACAAUAACAACUAAUGAUACAACUCAACCAUUCAAUGUUUAUGAUGAUGAGAAUGUCAAUGGACAACAGCCAAAACAGAAGAAGAAUAAUCAACCAGAACGUCGGACUACUACGGCUAAUACUACAGCAUCUUAUAGACGUCGACAACGUCGAAUUCGCCAACAACAAUAUCAAAAUACAACUGAUCAAAAUGAAAAAAAUUAUAAUCGAUUUGCUGCAUUAGAACAAAUAGAUACAUCAACAGAUAUUGAAUCAAAUUAUGAUGAUGAAACAAAUGAUGUUUUAUCAAUAGCAGAAUAUGAUAUUGUUGAUCACAAUGGAAAAGAACAAAUGAAACAAAACAAAAUAAAUCGAAUAAAUGAUAAAAAUAAUAAUAAAAAAAAUUAA